AUGGUUGCGCAAUCGCUGGCCUCGCUAUUGCAGCGGGCGUCGAUCGAUGACCACGAGGAAGUCCUCCAGUCAUGCAAUGCAGUCCUCACCAAAUCCAAAUCCGAUUUGCAAGCGCAACACAUGAAAGUCGUUGCUCUAUUGAAACUCGACCGUUACGAAGAAGCUCUCAAGACAUUCCAGGCCGCGGGCGAUGCGCUGAAGCAGAGUGCAGGCCUGGAAUACGCCUAUGCAUCAUACAAGUGCGGGAAGCUUGAAGAAGCUACGGAAGCUUUGACUCGGGUAGCUUCUGGGCGCGGUGCUAAUCACCUUGAGGCCCAAGUGCGCUAUCGUGCUGAGAACUUCCGACGCGCAGCCGAGCUUUAUGAACAACUCUCGAAAGAUACGGAAUCUUCAGGUCACGAGAUCAACGACCUGAACAUUAAUUCGUGGGCUACCGAUGCCCAGCUUCAAUGGAAAGGGGAGACGGAAUUCGUGCGCCACGACCGGUUGUCGAGGGAGGAUUUGGAAUCAUUCGAAACAACUUACAACGCAGCUUGCUUGAACAUUGCAAAGGGAGCAUUUAAGCAGAGCGAAAUCUUGCUCAACCGAGCUCAAAGUCAGCAUGCCGUCCUGCUCGAGAUUCGGACCCAGACUGACAAUAUCUGCCGGACAUCAGAGGACCUCUCACCCGAAGACAAGACAGCAGAGCUGUUGCCAAUUGCAGUGCAACAACUCUAUGUCUUGAUUCAACUUGGCAAGUUAGAAGAGGCCGAGGCAGUCCUCAAAGAUAUCUCUGUGGAAAACAUCACCGAGUUAUCGACUAAAAAGAUUGCCCGCAACAACAUCGUUCUCGCACGUCCAACUGCUGUCAACCCCUACAUCCUAUACAAGGCCCUUCACUCCACUCCAGAUGCUAUCAAUAACGAUCGGCUAUUCGAAUUCCAGGAUCGUGAUCUGAUCGGCAACUCGCACGCUGCAGACCUUCUUGUCCAAAAGUAUGAUGGCAUAAUCCGGUCCACAGCUAAGGCACAGUUAAAAUGUCCAAGCCCAUCCACCGACGCUAUCCCCAACCUUCUCUCUGUAUACAACGCCGCAGCACACGCUCAAGGCGAAACCGGCACUAAAGCCAUUCACAAGAUCGCCCCAUUGCUGGAGCGACGACUUACAGACCUCGGCCUUCUUCUGACAGUGGUACAGCUCUAUGUCAGUAGCGGCAAUACCGCCUCUGCUAUCGCAGCCAUGGAGCGAACUCUCCACAGCCUCGAGGGAUCAAACGAGUCCGUCCGCUUCAACCCAGGCCUCCUCAGCGUCCUCGUUUCCCUGUACCAGCUCGAAGGCCGUACAGUCCAGAUCCGUACCACCCUCGCACAAGCCGCCGCCUACUGGCGCACUCAAUCCGAGCCCCCCGCGUCCCUCCUCCGCGCAGCCGCCGCCUCCCUCCUGCACUCCGAAGAACGCACCGAUCUUGCCACAGCAGGUGAUCUAUUCCGUGCUCUGCACAAACAAGACCCCGAAGACCUUGUGGCCAUCGCUGGCUAUGUUGCCUCACAAGCAACCCUGGACUAUGCGCAGAUCGAGUCCGAACUAGACCGCCUGCCAGCAGUCAGCGACCUGAUCGCCGACAUCGAUGUCUCAGCCCUGGAAUCCGCUGGCAUCGCUCCCUCCGCAUCCUCGGUUGCUGCAGCCGCUGCAGCCUUCGCUAGUGCCCGCAAGCGCACGGCUGCUAGCGCCGAAGACCGUGCCAACAAGCGUGUGCGCAAGUCCCGUCUGCCCAAGGACUUCGAUCCUGCCAAGAAGCCGGAUCCCGAGCGCUGGCUGCCUGUGCGUGAUCGCUCUUCUUACAGGCCCAAGGGCAGGAAGGGCAAGCAGCGUGCUGCGGCACUCACACAGGGUGGUCCUGUCAAUGAGAAGGCGGAAGAGUCUCCCACUCAACAGCAGCAAAAGCCUGGCGGUGGCGGUGGUGGCUCUAAUGCUAAGAAAAAUAAGAAGAAGGGCAAGCGAUAG